AUGGAGCACCAGUGGGAUUCAGUACCGGAUGGAGCAGUAUCAGAACCAGAUGCAGCACCAGUGGAUUCAGCUCCAGAUGGAACACCAGUAGAUUCAGCUUCAGAUGGAACACCAGUAGAUUCAGAUGGAGCGCCAGUAGAUUCAGCUCCAGAUGGAACACCAGUGGAUUCAGUAUCAGAUGGAACAGCAGUGGAUUCAGCUCCAGAUGGAACACCAGUGGAUUCAGAACCAGAUGGAACACCAGUAGAUUCAGAUGGAGCGCCAGUAGAUUCGGCACCAGAUGGAACACCAGUGGAUUCAGCGCCAGAUGGGACACCAGUAGAUUCAGAUGGGACACCAGUAGAUUCGGCACCAGAUGGAACACCAGUAGAUUCAGAUGGAACACCAGUGGAUUCAGUACCAGAUGGAACACCAGUGGAUUCAGCGCCAGAUGGGACACCAGUGGAUUCAGAACCGGAUGGAACACCAGUAGAUUCAGAUGGAGCGCCAGUAGAUUCGGCACCAGAUGGAACACCAGUGGAUUCAGUGCCAGAUGGGACACCAGUGGAUUCAGAUGGAACACCAGUAGAUUCAGCACCAGAUGGAACACCAGUGGAUUCAGAUGGGACACCAGUAGAUUCGGCACCAGAUGGAACACCAGUGGAUUCAGCGCCAGAUGGAACUCCAAGUGGAUUCAGAUGGAGCGCCAGUAGAUAUCAGCGUCCGAUGGAACCCCAGUAG